UAAAAUGUCUCUGCAAAUUAAUCUUGUAUCAUGACCUGCCUAGGAAGAAACCAUGGGCGCCCGCCCGACUUUGCCUAACAUUUUCCAUUUGCAUAGAAAGACCCAGAGUAAAAGACGAAGGCGACGGUUGAACAAAGCCAAAUCUGGUCACUCGCCACUCGCCACCGGCGAACUGCCUAACAAUUGCUAAUAUUCCCAUUUUGCCCUCCCCACUCCGCCCCGUCGACUUGAUUUGCCCGGCGCCGACGACCACCACCCCCGACUCAACUCUCUGACCACCUACACCACCACGCCAUCACCUUUCCCUUCCUUCCCUCCACAGUCCACGCGCACACAAGCAAAGAAUCAGCCAAGAUGAGCGGGCGCCGCCUCGUCGUCGUCGUCCUCCUCCUCCUCCUCCUGGCCGCGGCCGCGUCGGCGUCGAGCCCCACGAAGGUGACCUCGGCGGAGGCGGAAGGAUUCGUGCGGCGGUGCUGCCGGUCCACGGGCUACCCGCGCGCGUGCGAGCGGAGCCUGGUGCCGCGCGCGCCCGCCGUGGGGCUCAGCCCGCGCCGGCUCGCGCAGGCCGCGCUCGCGGCGGCCGCCGACGCCGCGCGCAACUGCUCCGCCUACAUCGGGUCCCCCUCCUCCUCCUCGUACGCGUCCAAGGGGGGCGGCGCCAUGGGGGACUGCGCCGAGACGGUGCGCGACGCGGCGGACCUGCUGAGGCAGUCGGCGGCGGAGCUGGGCGGGCGGGUGGGCCGCGCCUCGUCCCCGCGCUUCGCGUGGUGCCUCAGCAACGUGCAGACCUGGGCCAGCGCCGCGCUCACCGACGCCGAGACAUGCCUCGACUCCCUCGCCACCUACGCCGGCGCGCCCCGCGAGGACGUCAAGCGCCGGGUCGUCGCCGUCGAGCAGGCCGCCGGCAUCGCCCUCGCCCUCGUCAACCGCCUCCAGCCCGCGCGCCGCCCCGCCGCCACAGAGGCCCACCAGUAGCCUUUGCUGCCGCCUGCUAUAUCUAUUCCCCGUCGCCAUUGUAGCUACCUAUCCUACCACCCCUCCGCCAUUGCUGCUGCUUCUGUUCUGCCAGACAUAUGUACGGAUUAAAUUACUGGAGUAGUAAAACAAUUUCAUCGCCGUCACCGAUUCAUCAACAGCAACCGCAUUGUUUUGGCGGGGACGUGAAUAACAAAGUUGCCGAUUUCGUCGGCGCCUGGAUC